GACUCACGGACGGACCGACCGACCGAGGGGCGGAAGGACGCGCGCGGGCUCCGGCGCGCCCCGACCCCAUGGCAGCCCCCGCACCGCCCGCCGCCGACGAGCUGCCCGGCCCGGCCGCCCGGCGCCUCCACUCCAGGAUGGAGGCCUCGUGCCUGGAGCUGGCCCUGGAGGGCGAGCGGCUGUGCAAGGCGGGGGACUUCAAGGCGGGCGCCGCCUUCUUCGAGGCCGCAGUGCAGGUGGGCACGGAGGACCUGAAGACGCUGAGCGCCAUCUACAGCCAGCUGGGCAACGCCUACUUCUACCUGAAGGAGUACGGCCGUGCGCUCGACUACCACCGGCACGACCUGCUGCUGGCCAGGACCAUCGGGGACCGUGUGGGGGAGGCCAAGGCCAGCGGGAACCUGGGCAACACGCUCAAGGUCCUGGGCCACUUCGACGAGGCCGUCAUCUGCUGUCAGCGCCACCUGGACAUCGCCCAGGAGCAAGGGGACAAGGUGGGGGAGGCACGGGCGCUGUACAACAUCGGCAACGUGUACCACGCCAAGGGCAAGCAGCUGUCCUGGAGCGCCACGCAGGGCCCUGGGCACCUGCCGCCCGACGUCCGGGAGACGCUGCGCAGAGCCUCUGAGUUCUACGAGAGGAACCUGUCGCUGGUGAAGGAGCUGGGCGACCGGGCGGCCCAGGGCAGGGCCUGUGGCAACCUGGGCAACGCCCACUACCUGCUGGGGAACUUCGCCGAGGCCACUGCCUUCCACAAGGAGCGCCUCGCCAUCGCCAAGGAGUUCGGGGACAAGGCGGCCGAGAGGAGGGCCUACAGCAACCUCGGCAACGCCCACAUCUUCCUGGGCCGCUUCGACGUGGCGGCUGAGUACUACAAGAAGACGCUGCAGCUGUCCCGGCAGCUCCAGGACCAGGCGGUGGAGGCACAGGCCUGCUACAGCCUGGGCAACACCUACACACUGCUGCAGGACUACGAGCGCGCCGCCGAGUACCACCUGCGGCACCUGCUCAUCGCCCAGGAGCUGGCCGACAGAGUGGGUGAGGGCCGGGCGUGCUGGAGUCUGGGGAACGCCUAUGUGUCCAUGGGGAGCCCCAGGCAAGCGCUGACCUUUGCCAAGAAGCACCUGGAGAUCUCCUUAGAGACGGGGGACCGCCACGGGGAGCUCACGGCCCGCAUGAACGUCGCCCAGCUGCAGCUGGCCCUGGGGCGGCUCACCAGCCCAGCGGCCGCCGAGAAGCCCGACCUGGCCGGCUAUGAGGCUCAAGGGGCCAGGCCCAAGCGGACACAGAGGCUGAGCGCGGAGACCUGGGACCUGCUGAGGCUGCCCCUGGAGCGGGAGCAGAAUGGAGACAGCCACCACCUGGGGGGCUGGCGGGGGCCUGGCAGGGACGCGCUCCCCCUUCCGGUGAGGAGCAGGAGGUACCAGGAGGGGCCGGACGCUGCCGACAGGAGGCCCCGGGAGGGCGGCCACUCCCCGCUGGACAGCGCGGACGUCCAGCUCCAGGUGCACCGUGUGGGCAUCCCGCGGGCCCCGUCCUCCGACGACGAGUGCUUCUUUGACCUGCUGAGCAAGUUCCAGAGCAGCCGCAUGGACGACCAGCGCUGUCCCCUGGACGAAGGCCAGGCCGCUGCCGCCGAAGCCACAGCCGCCCCCACCCUGGAGGAGAGGAUCGCCCAGCCCUCGCUGACGGCCUCCCCGCAGACAGAGGAGCUCUUCGACCUCAUCGCCAGCUCCCAGAGCCGCCGGCUGGACGACCAGCGGGCCAGCGUGCGCGGCCUGCCCGGCCUGUGCCUCACCCACAGCAACCGGGGCCACCUCCGCGGCGACGGGGACCCGCAGGAGCCAGGGGACGAGUUCUUCAACAUGCUCCUUCAGUGCCAGUCCUCCAGGAUCGAUGAGCAGCGCUGCCCCCCGCCCACCGUGCUGCCCACUGGCCCCACCAUGCCCGACGAGGACUUCUUCAGCCUCAUCCAGAGGGUCCAGGCCCGGCGGAUGGAUGAGCAGCGGGUGGACCUUGCCACAGGCCCCGAGCAGGAGGCGGGUGGGCCGCCCGGGCCCCGGGAGCAGUGCCAGCCCGGUGCCAGCUGAGGCUCGGGCCCCUGAGAAGCCAACCCCUCCUGAAGCCGCGGUGAGGGUGGGCGCUGAGCCUCCCCGGCCCUCCUUGCGAGCCGGACGCCGGGCCUGCAGUCAGGAGGGGGGACAGGCUCAGCCGGGGCUGCCUGGUGCCCUCCUGCCCACCCUGCCCUCACCCUGCCCCUGCCACCCAGACCCUCUCCGUCUCCCUGCCUCCCCCGCCAGGCUCUGUCUUGCCCUGCCAAAUGUGAAAAUCUGUCGCCUUCCCCACUCCAGCCUCCCAACCGUGUCCCCGAAGCCCCUCCCCUGGAGCCGGCAGCAACACCGGCACAGACGGCCCCGACCCCAGGAGCUGGGGGAAGGUGAUCCCGGAAAGCUGCCCUGCCUGGCACCUCAGCCCCCGUCCCCCACCCCACCCGCAGGCCCCGAGGAAGCCGUGAGGAGGGAAGGCACCAGCAGAGGCGAGGGCUGUCCCCAGGCCCCGCCAGGGCAGGUGGGGGCACAUGGGGUGCUGGGCCCUGCGGUCACAGCCAGAGCCAGUGGGUCCAUGAAAGCUGGGGGGUCAGUGCACUCACCUCCGGGCCUCCCAAAGAAACACCUGCCCUCCCCUCGCCAGCUGGGGGGGACGGCCCAGACCCCUGCCCACCUGCAUUGGUCCCUGGCUGGGGCCCUUUCAACAGGCCCUGUUGGGAUGACCGCUGCAGUCUGCUUUUAGCCCAAAGGCAGCCCCUCUGGGGAGUUCCAAGGGCUGGACCACGGUCCCCACGGCCCCCAGCCUGGGCCCAGUGGCCCCUCUCCAAGCUGGGGGGAGACGGCCAGGAGUCCCAGCCCUGGCCUGCACCGGGAGGGGGGGACCCAGGGCCAGGAUGGUGGGUGCAGGCGGCCGCGGCCCCUCCUUGACUGCACUGGCCUGCUCCUGGGUCACGUGUCCUGCCUUGUUGUCAGUGGGUUCAACCCAACAGGUACGUUUGUUUUUGUUUCUCCUGAAAAAAUAAAGUCUGCCAAGUGA